AAAUGCUGCAAAAGACAUUGUUUUCACAACAGUUGGGAUUUAUGAUGCUUCACAGCCAAACGGAAAGCAGUUAAGCAUGAAUGGAAAAAACAUCACAUGGGCAGCAGAAUCCAUGGAGAGGCCACUGUCUGUCUGCAGUCAGAAUUGUCCACCGGGUUUCCGAAAAGCAACCAUUAAGGGGAAACCCAUAUGCUGCUUCUCCUGUCUCCCAUGUGCCGCUGGAGAGAUCAGCAACACUAGCAAACCCAGUCACUGUCAGUCCAGAACUCACAACCAACCCAGGAGCAAUCCAGUGUAAAGGGCUGGAAAUGGGUGAGCUGCAGUAUGCACACACUAUGAUGUUUGUGAUAGAUGAAAUUAACAAUAGCACUGAGCUGCUGCCCGAUGUGAAACUUGGUUAUAGGAUAUUUGACUCUUGCCCCAGUGUACCCCUGUCUAUCAGGUCAUCACUGAAUCUAAUGAAUCUAUACGAAAACAAAAAAAAGACAUGCAUGAGUUUCUCCAGUGUGUGCGCUGUCAUUGGGGACACCACUUCUACAUCUACAAUAGGGAUAGCACGUACACUGGGACCCUUCAACAUUCCUCUGAUCAGUCAUUCAGCCACCUGUGCAUGUCUUAGUGACAGGAAAAUCUAUCCAUCUUUCUUUCGAACCAUACCAAGUGACAUUCAUCAAAGCAAAGCACUUGCAAAGCUUGUUAAACAUUUCGGGUGGACUUGGGUAGGAGCAGUUCGAACUAACAAUGAUUAUGGAAAUGGUGGCAUGUCCACCUUCCUGGAAGCAGCAACAAAGGAAGGUGUAUGUGUGGAGUAUUCAGUAGCUAUUUACAGAACUGAUCCCAGAAAGUCUUUUCUAGAAGUGGUGGAAAUUAUUAGAAAAUCCACUUCUAAGGUUAUAGUUGCCUUUGCUGAUGCUACAGAUCUUGAUAUACUUAUGAAAGAGCUGUAUGCUCAGAAUGUGACAGGUCUUCAGUGGGUAGGAAGUGAAGGAUGGAUUACUUAUCGUUAUUUUGCCUCUGAGGAAAACUAUGCUGUGGUUCAGGGGGCAGUGGGCUUUGCAGCACUGAAUGCUCAUAUUCCUGGACUUCAAGAGUUUCUCCUCAACAGCAGACCAUCCACCACACCAGGAAAUCAGGGACUUGUUGAGUUGUGGGAAGAUAUAUUUCACUGUACCUUGUCACCGGAAAGAGUUAAUUACCCAGAUGAUCGUGUUAAAGUCUGCAGUGGAACAGAGAGUUUGCGGGAUGUUAAGAUACGAUUUACUGAUGUUACAGAUGCAAGCCUGAUGAAUAAUGUCUACAAAGCGGUAUAUGCUAUUGCUCAUGCCUUGAGCAUGCUAUUCAAUUGCAAAGACAGACAUGGGCCUUUUCAGAACAACACAUGUGCUGACAGGAAAAAUAUUCAGCCAUGGCAGGUGUUACACUAUCUAACACAGGUAAAUUUCACAACUAAGAAUGGUGAAGAUGUUUUCUUUGAUGAGUCGGGUGACCCUGUAGCACGUUACGCAUUAGUAAACUGGCAGUUGGAUAACACAGGGUACAUACAGUUUAAAACUAUUGGUUUUUACGAUGCCUCCUGGCCUGAAGGUCAGCAAUUUGAGAUGAAAACCGGAGUGAGGGCUAUCUGGGCAGGGGAAAGUCCUGAGGUACCACGUUCCAUUUGCAGUGACAGCUGUUUACCAGGUACUCGUCGGGCAGUCAUUAAAGGCAAACCAGUCUGCUGCUUUGACUGUAUCCCAUGUGCUGAGGGGGAGUUCAGCAACAGUACAAGUGAGGCAGCAGGAUAUGUAGCCUUUACCUUGGUGCUCAUUGUGUUUCUGCUGGGCAAAAUUACUGCCAGCUCACUGUUGGUUUAUUUGAAAAAGUGUUCUCUGUGCAGCCUAAAUGUACUUAUUCUUUCAGAUGCUGUAAAAUGUGAAAAAUGCCCUCCUGAGUACAAUUCCAAUGAAGAGAAGAACCAGUGUUACUUAAAACCGAUUGAGUUCCUCACAUUUACAGAAUUAAUGGGUAUAAUGUUGGUCACUGUUUCUGUCCUUGGUGCAUUUUCAACUGUGACUGUAAGCCUGAUAUUUUUCUACCAAAGACAUACGGCAAUUGUUAGAGCCAAUAACUCUGAGCUAAGUUUCCUGCUGCUGUUCUCCUUAACUUUGUGUUUCCUGUGCUCUCUGACUUUUAUCGAUCGGCCGUCUGAUUGGUCCUGCAUGCUACGGCACACAGCCUUCGGCAUUACGUUUGUCCUAUGUGUGUCCUGUAUUCUCGGAAAAACAACUGUGGUGUUGUUGGCCUUUCAGGCUACAGUUCCAGACUGAGGAGCCAUUCUGCAGGCAGCAAGGAGAUCAGGAGACCCCUCAACUAUACAAAGAUGGUGACAUAAACCUGGGAGGAAUCUUCUAUUUUCAUAGUAGCUGGAAGAAUGAGCAAUACUCUUAUAAACAAAAACCCUUGGCACUGCAAUGCAUAAGGUAAAUUUUAUCUAAUACAUUUUUAAAUGUUUACAAUGUAUAAUUUUACUGUCUCUAUAUCAGAGGCAAAUAUUACAACUAUAUUAAUGCUUUUACAAUCAAGUUUGAAUUUCAGAGAAAUCCAAUUUGCUCAGACCAUGCUUUUUGCAAUUGAGGAGAUAAAUAACAAAACAGACUUACUGCCAGGUAU